GGCGGUGGCGUGGGCGCGGCGGAGAUGAGCGCCCGCGGCCCCGGGCCCAGGGCGGCGCGGCCGGAGUGGGCUGGGGUCCCGAUGCAGGCCCGAGGGGGGCCAUGGGGCAGGUCCUGCCGGUCUUCGCCCACUGCAAAGAAGCUCCAUCUACAGCCUCUUCUACCCCUGAUUCCACAGAAGGAGGAAACGACGACUCGGAUUUUCGGGAGCUGCACACAGCCCGGGAAUUCUCAGAGGAUGAGGAGGAGGAGACCACGUCCCAGGACUGGGGUACCCCCCGGGAGCUGACCUUCUCCUACAUUGCCUUCGAUGGUGUGGUGGGCUCUGGGGGCCGUAGAGAUUCAGCUGCCCGCCGCCCCCGGCCUCAGGGCCGUUCAGUCUCAGAACCACGAGACCUGCCCCCUCAGCCCGGCCUAGGAGACAGCUUGGAGAGCAUCCCCAGCCUGAGCCAGUCCCCAGAGCCUGGACGCCGGGGUGAUCCUGACACCGUACCUCCGACUGAACGCCCUCUGGAGGACCUGAGGCUCCGGCUGGACCAACUAGGCUGGGCUGCCAGGGGAGUGGGAUCUGGGGAGGACUCUGCCACCAGCAGCUCCACCCCUCUGGAAGACGAGGAACCUGAUGGAUUGGAGGAGGGAGCGGCUAAGGAAGAACUGGACCUACAACGUGGAUUUUCUCAGUCCUCGCCACCUGAGGUCUUGACCCCCCAGCCCAGCCCCAGCUGUAGGACACCUGAGGCUGGUACUCCAUCCCAACCAGGAUCCCCAGAUUCCAACUCUGGGCCUGAUGAGCCCUCGCUGGCCGAGGAAGAGGAGCCUUGGGGACCACUGGAGCCGGAGCCAGUCUUGGGACAGUGUCUCCAUAGCAGGGAUCAAUCAGAAUUCACCCUGCAGCCACACAUUCUAGUGGCGGACCUGCUGUACUGGAAGGACACGAGGACGUCAGGCGUGGUGUUCACUGGCCUCAUGGUCUCCCUCCUCUGCCUCCUGCACUUUAGCAUCGUGUCGGUGGCCGCCCACGUGGCUCUGUUGCUGCUCUGCGGCACCAUCUCUCUCAGGGUUUACCGCAAAGUGCUGCAGGCUGUGCACCGGGGGGAUGGCGCCAACCCCUUUCAGGCCUACCUGGAUGUGGAUCUGACCUUGACUCGGGAGCAGACAGAACGUUGGUCCCAGCAGAUCGCCUCCCACGUGGUUUCCACAGCCACCCAGCUGCGGCACUUCUUCCUUGUCGAAGACCUGGUGGAUUCCCUCAAGCUGGCUCUCCUCUUCUACAUCUUGACCUUCGUGGGUGCCGUCUUCAACGGCUUGACUCUUCUCAUUCUGGGAGUGAUUGCUUUAUUCACUGUUCCUCUGCUGUAUCGGCAGCACCAGGCCCAGAUCGACCAGUAUGUGGGAUUGGUGACCAAUCAGUUGAGCCACAUCAAAGCUAAGAUCCGAGCUAAAAUCCCAGGGACUGGAGCCCUUUCCUCAGCAGCAGCUGCAGCCUCCGGAUCCAAAGCCAAAGCCGAAUGAGAGGGGUGUCUCUGCCGAGGGACGCCUUCCCCUAACCCCAGCAGCUCUCUGUCCCAGUCCAUCUCCUGGCUACCCCCACCCUCACCGCUCUUCGGCCUGAGCCAUUUCCCAGUGGGUGUCAGGAUCACUCCCACUAGGGAAAGAGCUCAAAUUGAGCGGCCAGGACUACAUUUCCCAAGUGGCUCUGCUCUAGGAGUUUGGGGAAGAUAAGGCACCUUGGCCGCGGGGCCUGCUGGGACUUGUAGUUGACUAGACAGGGCGCCGCCCUGCACUUCCGCGGUCCCGCCGCUGGAAGCGCUGUGAGGGGUUGGUGUCUCCAGGACACCGGUAGCCCCAAAGCAGGGGCUUUGCAUGGGGCCCAAAGGAGGCCUGCGCUUGGAUUUACACUGUAAUAAAGACUCCUGUGGAAAA